AUGGAACUGCCAACGGAGGUUCGGAGCGGAAGUGGUGCAUUCUGGAAAAUUGCAACGAUGCCUCGAAGGAAGAACUUGAAGAAGUCUGUGGUGAAGAGAGAGAUGUGGAGGUCUCUCAAGAAGAGACAGACGGACCAGGCUGAGGAAGUGGCCACAUUAAAAACACAGCCAAUUGACAAACACUUGACUGAGGAAGUGGCCUCGAUAAAAACACAGCCAAAUGACUUUGCUCGUGAGAGCACCAAUAAAACUCAGAUUAAACUUUCCCAGAUUGAACAACACAUUGAACCUCACAUUGAACUUAUUCAUAUUGAUCACCAGUUUGAACUUGCCCAGUUUGAACCUGCUCACAUUGAACCUCAGGUUAAACUUGACCAGAUUGAACCUGAAAUUGAACUUGCCCUGAAUGAUUCCAGGAUUGACUCGGCUCAGAUUGAACCCCAGAUUGAACCUGAAACUAAACUAGCCCAGAAUGAAACCAUGAUUCAAUCUACGCAGAUUGAACCCCAGAUUGAGCCCCAGGUCGAAAUUGAAAUUACACUUCCCAUGAAUGAACCUCAGAUUGAACUUGCUCAGAAUGAAACCAUGAUUGAAUCCACGCAGAUUGAGCCCCAGGUUGAAAUCGAAAUUAUACUUCCCAUGAAUGAACCUCAGAUUGAACUUGCUCAGAAUGAACCUCAGAUUGAACUUACCCUGAAUGAACCACACUUUGAACCUGCUCAGAUUGAACCUAAACCAAAAGAAAGAGUCUCUAAUUAUAAAUCUAAUAAGAUUUAUCGAACAAGUGAACGCAAAAAAGAACUUGAAAAUAAACGAAUAGCUAGAGCUGAUGAAAACUUUAAAGUUUGUGAAGCUGAAAAGAAACAGAGCCGUAGAUCUAAUGAAACUUAUCGAGCAACUGAACGGAAUGAAGAACUUGAAUGUAAACAGAAAGCUAGAACUGAUGAAAGCUUUAAAGACAAAGAAGCUAAAAAGAAACAGAGCCGUAGAUCUGAUGAAACUUAUCGAGCAAGUGAACGGAGAAAAGAACUUGAAUGUAAACAGAAAGCUAGAACUGAUGAAAGCUUUAAAGACAAAGAAGCAAAAAAGAAACAGAGCC